GAAGGCGCGCUCGACCUCUCGGCGCUCGCCUGCUCGGGUCUGGCGGCGGCGGCGAGGCUAGACCGGGUCCGGCGCGUGCGGCGGGGCCUCCGGGCGGCAUGGAGGGGCCGGGGGCUGCUGCGCGGAGGAACGUCUCCCUGCACAACUUCAGCGCGAGGCUGUGGGAGCAGCUCGUCCACUUCCACGUCAUGCGGCUGACGGACUCGCUCUUCCUGUGGGUGGGGGCCACGCCGCACCUGCGCAACCUCUCCGUGGCCAUGUGCACCCGCUACGACCCCAUCCCAGUGUCCACUGCCCUCCUUGGGGACAUGUCCGACACGACGUCCACCGGCCUCGCCCAGCGCUUAGGUCCCAGGCCCCUGCUGCGUCGUCUUAAUCCUUGGCCUUUUCCUGCCGCUUCAGGUGGAGGAGUCCAGUCUUUCUGGAACGUGUGCUCCUUUCCAGAAGCCGGAGUUUCUCAGACUCGGGCGGCCGGAGGCCCAGCUUUUGUGGGGUUGGAAAGCCCCCCACGUGCUUCUCGGCGCAGCCAAGACCGAGGACUACAGGCAAAGGACUCUCUGAGCUUUGGGGUCCACGUGGACCCCUUCUGUCAUGAGAGGCGGACGGUUUCGGGCCCUGUGACACGGUUCACGCGAUGGGUGGCAAGUCCCGUGUCGAGCCCGUGCAGGCAGCCAGAGCGGUGACACUUUGGCCGGGACGGAAAGGCCCUUCCGGGGACCAGGUCUGGGGCUCAGGACGCUAACCUGCAAGGCCCCGGCCGGUCGUGGUUUGGAAGCACAGCGGGCACCUUUCUAGGAAGAGCAAGUAACGCAAAAUCAGGGCUAUGGAGAGGAGAGUUUGGUAUAAAUACUUUAUUAAAGAAAUACUGCUUUCUUGUUAAAAAAUACUACAUUAAAGAGAGCUCUGGGUUCUCAGUCUCUCCUGACCGAAUCACAGUGUCAGAAUCGUUUCCUGUCUAGGAACCUUCAGGCCACGGAUUAGAUUCGCAGGACAUCCACACACAAGAGAAAAGAACUCUGAAAUCUGCUGUUGCCCCCCAUUUCUCGGGGUCUACGAGCGGCAGUUGGAUGUUUCCUCUGCCUCUGCCCGCCUUUACGACGGGGAAUCUGCAGGCAGAGAAGCCACCCGCGGUCCCCCGGGGGCAGAGCCGAGGCUGGGUUUACACAGGCGCUGAAGUAGGGACAUAGCGAGACCUGAAUCAACAGAGUUUAUUACUCGUAGCCAGUGGUCAUGAAGUGCCCUUCACUGGAUACCGUCAGAUGAGGUAGGGAAGACAUUCCAGAGGAAGUUUGUUAAUGGGGCAACAUUUUUAUUUCUGUACGUUUACAUACAAAUCUCCCCCCGGGGUACGACAGCUGUGACGUCAUGCAGACAGGACCGUGGGAGGGCAGGGCAGGACUGGGAGCGGGUUUGCGCCGGGAGCGGGCACCUCCAGGCGUCCCGUCCGUCCGCGGGCCCCACGGUCCUCACGCUGAAACCUCCGGCCCGGGGCUGCUGGUCCACCAGGGCACCCCCAGCACCCCGCGGCCCAGGGGCGUGUCCUUCGGCGGCACCUCGGCCGCCCUUGUGCGGCGCCAGGAAGUGCUAUUUGCGGGCAGUACUUCCUCUGGGCGGUUUCCUUCUCCUGCUGUUCUGCGGCCGGGCCAGCUUGCCAGCCCCCCGCCCCGAGUCGCAAGUGGUCACACAGUCUUUCAGAAAACGCAACAUUUAAAACGUUUACUCUGUGUCUUGGGUGCUAGUAGGCAGGGUAUCGGAUGCGUUGUUACCGACUUCCAGACAGGAACCGAAGGCAGGAGGGUCAUGUUUGUGCCCGACUCGCUGGAAGGGGCUCCCGGCUCCCGGCUGGCUGGGACGGGGGGGUGCGGCGUGAUGCCGGAGGACGAGCUGGACCUUCCCGGGCGGCGGGCUGGGGGAGCCGGGCGGCGGACGUGCAGCGGCAGGCGCCUGAGAAGCGUCUCUCUACUCAGCACGGAGGGACCUGGGCCGAGGGGUCCACGCGUGACCACGGGGGUCUCACGGAGCAAGGCAGGACCGGCCCCGGCUGGGCUUGGGGCUGCCUCGCCCACGUGGUGUGGGGUCUCACGGGGCUCAGCCCACAGGAAGCUUUUCUGCUUUGGCCACACUCACAGCUGUCCCUCAGGCGCCCAGCCUGACCCGGGGCCGCGGGGGAGCCGGGAACCUCCCCUCCCUCACACCUGCCGGACUUUGGUCCCGGGAGCCCCGCCCUCGCAGCCAGCUUCUCUCCUAGUCCACGAGCUGGCCUGACCGCUGCGGACACGGUGCUGGGCUCCGUGGGACCAGCGUCUACUGUUGUCACUUAAGAUGCACCUCUGAACGGGGGUCUGGGAGUGCUGUGCCCGCCUUCCUGGAGGUGCCGGCCGCCCCCUGCAGCUUGAGCACGACCCCUAAACGUCUACACGGCCAGCGGGAGGGCACGCACGGCCGGGGGUCCGGCGAGCAGCCUGGUUGCACGGUGCCCUGGCGCUGGGGUGGUGGGUGCAGACACACCUGGCAGGUGUGGCCCAGGGACCCCGCUGGCCCCACGCCGCACGUCCCGCCCUGGACCGGGGGCCCUGCGGCCGGCACGCUGAGAGAGGCUGAGGUACUUCCCAGGUUUGGCACUCGAGCUGCACAGGUGUGAAGAAAGGCCUUGUAGAUUAAGGUGAAUGCGGACGGACGCUGAAACACAGGACAGACGUGACUCAAGACACCAGGCAGGGCCCCGAGCAGCUGGGCUGGGGCUCCUGGCUCCGUGCGGUUCAGUUGCUGGCGCCACGCAGGCCUGCGGGUCUGCUCGCCUCCUCACGACGUUCUCACCGAGCCGGCGGCGCCUCCCCGUGGCCGCCAGCUUGUAGGGGCGCCGUGGGGGGUGGUAGGACAGACUGGAGGGGACGGGAGGCGAGCGGGGACGCCUGGGCCUCGGGGUCCGCGCCGCCGUGGGCUGGGAGUCCCCUCGCUGCUUCCCACGGACCCGGGGCCGCGCCUUCCCUGGAAGAAGAGCCCACGGCAGAGGCACCGUGGGGAGGUGGACCCUUCCAGGAAGAAGCCAGGCUGUCCCGGCGCUGCCACAAGGCAGUGCCUGCCUGGCCAGCGAGGGCUGUUUCUCAGCAUCUCCCGUGUUUCCUGUGAAACGGCUCCAGACAGGUGCAGAGAGCCUGACCUGGAAAGGCAGGGAGACGAAGUGAGGAACACGACGAAAACCCUCGGACACCGGGGACGGGGUGGGGCUCGAGCUUUGGUGAGUUAUUGCUUCUCUCAGUUGGUCUUGAUGCUCUCGGAGGCUGCGGUCAGCCGGGCUCCCCGGUGAGGGGCCCGCUCCUCGCCCCAGGCCCAGCUCCGUGCUGAUGGAAGCAGAGGGCACGGGGCCAUCCCCCGCAGGCUCUGGGGUCUCCGCCGGCGGCCAGCGGAGCCGAGGCCUCCAAGCUGGUGAUUUCUGCGCGGUGUGUGCUCGGGACGCGGCUGACGGGCCGUAUUUGCGGGAGCACCCCUCCCUCCUGGGGGGCUGCCUUAGUUGCCUGUUUAGUUAUUUUCCUAUUGGUUUUAGUUGAGGAAGUAGCCGUGUGUUCAAGUCGUGCUGGCAGAAAAGCUGACUGCAAGAGGGGACUUUUCUGCUGGAGCUGAACCGGGAGGAGGGGUGAUACAGUAACUUGUCUCCGACUCGUUGCGUCUGCUGCUCGGGAGCUGAGCUGGGCAGACCUGCUUGGAAGACCGGGGCGAUGCCACCACUAAUUAGGAUUUCUGGUGAAAUGGUUAAGCUUUUCCCCCAAAGAGCUUCCAGCAUCAAGUAUAAAAGGCUGAUCUUGCAGGAAAGACUAAGCUGGUUUUAAUGAUACUGUGAGCUGCUUUCCCCCAGCACAUGGAGUAGAAGCUCUUACCUUACAGAAAAAACCUUUAGAAACCAUACAGACUCUAGCAAAACCCUAACCAUUGACACUUCAGUCUGAAUAAAGCGCAGCUGUGGGAGUGCUCCAGACGGUGGCUGGUCGGUCUCUGCGCGCGGCCUCCGCGCGGCCUCGGGGACAGCUGGCUCUGAGGGCGCGGCCGACCUCCCGGGGAGCCUGGGCUGCGCGGUCCUUACAGCGUGUCCUCGGCCACCGCGUCCCUCUUCCCGAGGAGGUGGCUCCAUUUCGAGAUCCGUGAAGGGAAGGGAAUAAAGUGCUUCUUGUAAAAAUGACCAAAAUAAAUACAAACGUUUAAUGGCAGAGAGGAAAGUCUUCGAAGGGUCGUUUGCAAAGUCCGCUUCCUCAGACAUGGGCUCCUCGGGGGUCCCCACGCCGGCCUCAGCAGAGUGGGCCCGCCCGUGGCCUCGCUCAGCCCGGUCCGCCCCCAGGGCCCCGCUACAUGGGCCGCCCGCCGUUGGCCGUGGUGCCAUCCGGCAGCCCAUCGCCCGCGGCGGCCGCGUCGUGCAGCCCCGAGUAGUCCUUGAGCUCGGCGUUGGUGAGCAGGAGCGGCUGCUCCCCUCGCCUGGGCGGCAGCAGGGGCUGGCGCGUGUAGUGCUCGCCGUCAGGGAUGCUCUCGGGCAGGUUCUGGUCCCGGCUCUCGGGAAGCAGCAGGAGGCAGAUGAUGCAGAUGAGCGUGCAGCAGGCGAAGAUGAUGUGGUGCAGGAAGUAGCCCUUCUGGUUGUGCAGCUCGAUGAUGGGCGCCGUCAGCAUGCCGAAGCCCGCACUGGCCAGCACCAGCCCCAGGCCGCCACACCUGCGGGGAGCGCACAGGUCGGCAGCAGGUCGGACCCACAGGCACGGGGCCCCAGCACCAGCGCACGGCCAGCUCCCCCCAACCCCUUUCACCUCCUGCAUCUACUGCCACCGCUAUUCAGUGAACGUUUUCCUCGCCAGCCCACAACUUCUUACUUCAUUUAGUUUGAAAGGUGACUGUAAUAAAUACCACCGUAAGGGGACAACCGGCCUCACUCGCCGUGAAUAACAUAACAUUUUGUUUCUCAACCCUGUAUCAAUUUACGCUGUUUUUCCGAGGCUCGCUCUUCAUUUAGAAGCGGGGAGGGCGGCCGGGGGUUAAAGAAGGCAUUAAGGACACGUCGACAGGAGAGCUGCCGAGGUGGUGGAGCCGAAAGACCCCCCCCCCCCCCCAGCUCGCCUCUUCCCAUGGGCACGCCGGGCUCACAGUUGCACGCAGAGCAACCAUCGACAAAAAGGACCAGAGCCUGCCAGAAAAGAUCUACAACUGAAGACAUAAAGUAGGAGCCACAAUGAGACGGGCAGGAGGAGCAGACGUGCGAGAUGAUCAAGGCUCAUGACCCCCACCAGGUGGGCGACCCACACACUGGAGAGCGAUUACAUCGCGGAGGUUCUCCCACGGGAGACAGUUCUGAGCCGCACGUCGGGCUCUGUAGCCUGCAGGUCCUGUACCAGGAAAACGGGCCUCCAGGGUGUGUGGCUUUGAAGGCCGGGGAUGGGGAGCUUUCAGGGGUCCCAGAGGACUGGGGGAAACAGAGACUCCACUGUUACAGGGAGUACACAAAAUCCCACGUGCACUGGGACCAAGGGCAGAGCAGUAACUCGAUACGAGCCUGGGCCAAACAUACCUGCUGGACUUGGAGAGUCUCUCGGACAGGCAAGGGGGCAGCUGCAGCUCACCCUGGGGACAUAGAUGCUGGUGGCAGACAUACUUGGGAGCUUUCUACCACGGGGACACUGGUGCUGGCUACCACCGUCUUGGCUCAUGAGCUCCAAGACCUGGUACCACCCAACCACUUGUAGGUGCCAGUGCUGGGACGCCUUGAGCCAACCAGCAGGGUGGGAACACAGCCCCACCCCUCGGCGGACAGGCUGCUUAGAGACUUCCUAAGCACACAGCCACCUCUGGACACGGCCCUGCCCACCAGAGGGCCAAGAUUCAGCUCCACCCACCAGCUGACAGGUGCCGGCCUCUGCUGCUAGAAAGCCUGCACGAGCCUCUAGACCAGUCUCACCCACCACGGGGCAGAAACCGGAAGCAAGAAAACCACAAUCCUGUAGCUUGCAGACCUCGGCUGCUCACAGCAGGCCAAUGCAAGCUUCUGGACACCUCAGACCCCAUACCCAACUGUGUUAGGAACUGGCCCCGGCCACCGGCGAUCCUACACCAGCUCUGAGAUCCCUGGGCCCUGCAGCCAGACUCCAGGACCCAGCUCUGCCUGCCAGCAGUCUGGCACUAACCCCAGGACCUGGCUUCACCCACCAGUAGGGGGUCAACAGCUCCAGAGUCGCCUGGACCCUGACUUCACCCAUCAGUGACCCGGCACUAGCCCCAGGGCCCCCGGGGAUUCUGCAGUCAGCCGCCUCCUGACCAGGCCCCCACCAACCAGUGGCCUCCACACAAGGCAGAGCUUGGCAGUCAACCAGACCGGGUGCCAACUAAGCCCACCAGACCACCCACAUGGUCAGCCCUCCAAAACAGAAGGAACCACGCAGCCCUCAUGGGGGCACCCCUAGCGCGUACAGCUUGGGUGAUGAGGGGGAGCGUGCUGCUGGGAUGCAUAAGAUGUCUCCUACAGAGGGCCACUUCUCCGAGGUCGAGAAACGUAACCCACCACAUACGUCAUAUACAAACAGCAACUCAGACAAGAUGAGGUGGCAGAGGAACAUGCUGCAGACGAAGGAACAAAGUAAAACCCCAGGAGAACAACUAAGUGAAGUGGAGAUAGUCUACCCAAGAAGGAGUCCAGGAUAAUGAUCGUAAAGAUGAUCAGAGAACUCGGGAGAAGGAUGCAUGCACAGAGCGAGGAGUUAAAAGCUUUUAACAAAGAGUCAGAAAAUAUAAAGAACAACCAGACAGAGAUGAAGACCACAGUGACUGAAGUGAAGGAGUCCACCGUAGACCACGUGAUACAGAGGAACGGAUCACUGAGCUGGAGGCCAGGGCAGUGGGAGUCACUGCUCCUGCUGAACAGAAGAAAGAAUGAAGAAGUGAGGGCAGUGUAAGAGACCUCUGGGACAACACCAAGUGCACUUAAUAUUUGCAUUAUAGGGGUCCCAGAAGGAGGAGAGAGAGAAAGGGGCACAGAACAUAUUUGAAGACAUAACCACUGAAGACUUAUUUAACCUGGGAAAGGAAACAGACGUCAAGGUCCAGGAAGCACAGAGAGUCCCGAACAGGAUCAACCCAAAGAGGACCACACCAAGACACACUGCAAUUGAAAUACCAAAAAAUAAAAACAGAAUAUUAAAAGCAGCAAGAGAAAAGCAACAAAUAACAUACAAGGGAACUCCCAUAAGGCUAUCAGCUGGUUUUUUCAGUGGAAACUGCAGGCCAGAAGGGAAUGGCAUGAUAUAUUUUAAAUGAUGAAGGGACAAAACCUACAACCAAGAAUACUCUACCCAGCAAGGCUCUUGUUCAGAUUUGAUGGAGAGAUCAAAGCUUUACAGACAAGCAAAAACUAAGAGUUCAGCACCACCAAACCAGCUUUACAACAAAUGUUAAAGGGACUUCUCUAGAAGAAAAAUAAACGGCUACAACUAGAAACAAGAAAACUAUGAAAUGAAAAAACUACGUGGUAAGGGCAAACAUAUAGUAAAGGUAGGAAGUCAUCCACAAACAAAGCUAGUAGGGGGGUUAAAAGACAGAAGUAGUAAAAUCAUCUAUAUCCACAAUAAGCAGUUAAGGGAUGCACAAAACAAUUAGAUGUAAAAUAUGAUGUCAAAAGCAGUCAUCAUGAGGGGAGAAGAGUACAGAUGCAGGGUUUUCUUUGUUUUGUUUUUGUUUGUUUUUUAAAAAUUUAUUUAUUUUUGGCUGCAUUGGGUCUUCGUUGUUGCACAUGGGCUUUCUCUAGUUGCAGUGAGCAGGGGCUAUUCUUCGUUGCAGUGCACGGGCUCAUUGUGGUGGCUUCUCUUGUUGCGGAGCACGGGCCCUAGGCUUGCGGGCUCAGUAGUUGUGGCACAAGGGCUUAGUUGCUCCGC